AUGGCCUCCAGCUCGCAGGCCCUCACGCGCAAGGCCGACAUGGAGCUCAUGCCGCCCCCGCCGCCCGCGAAGCGGAUCAAACGGCCCCCAAAGGUGCUCGACGAAGACACCUACACCGACGCCCUUUCCGAGAUCAUCGCGCGCGACUUCUUCCCGGGCCUCCUCGAGACCAAGCACCAGCAAGAAUACCUCUCCGCCCUCGCCUCCCACGACCCCUCCCGCAUCGCCGAAGCCUCCCGCCGCCUCACCGAAGUCAUGACCACCCCGCGCCUGCGCCGCGGCACCUCCUUCUCCACCCCACUGCACACCCGCCCCUCCGACACGCCCCUGAAAAGCAACCCCAUGGCCCCCGCCUCCUCCUCCUCCUCCACCACCACCACCACCCCCACCGCCGCCGCUCCAGAACCAUACGAGAAGCACCUCUCCCUCGACGCCUUCCAGGCCAAAUACACCUCCGAGGACAACGCCUCCUUCAACACCCUCCUCGACGCGCAAAACGAAAAGAAGCGCAACGCCUACGCCUUCCUCUGGGCCGGCAACCGCAUCCCCGGCUUCCGCGCAACCGCCGAAGCAAAGCGCCUCCAGCACCUCGCCGCCACCGAAGCCGCUAACGGCGGGCCCACAAAAUCAAUCGCCUGGAAAGACGACCGCAAAGCCGUCCCAAACACGUGGAAAGCCGCGCCGCGAAACACACUCAUGUUCGCCCCCGACGGGCCCGACUCACCUCCCCCGCCGCCCCCCGCAGACACGCAGAAAGACCUGCCGCCGAAAACGGUCGUCUAUGCAAACACGCGCAUGCCGCCGCCGCCGCUCCCCGCGCCGCCGCAAAGUCCCAGUUUCUCCUCGGUGCGCGACGCAAUCGCGGGCCGCCCAAGGCCGCUGGCGUCAGAGAGCGGCUUCGGCGGCGCCGACACGCCCCGUGUCAAUGGCUACAGCUUCGUCAAGGACGCGCCGUCGCCGAGCCCCAGCGAGCUUGGGGCGCCGCCGCUGACGUGGGGGUCGAUCGCGGCGCUGACGGAGGGGGAAGGCGGGGCGGGGGCGCCGGCGCCGUUCAAGAUUGCGCCGACGCCGAGGAGGGAGCUGUUGCACCAUCGCAUGGUGGAUCGGGUGGCGAAGAAUAAGCGGCCCGUGGGGAGGGCGGUGACGCCGCGGAGGGGCGAGGGGGGGGAGACGCCAGGAGGGGCGGGGUUGACGCCGGCGGGGAGGAGGCUGUGGAGUAGUUUGGCGGGAAGGGGGGAGGGGUGGGUGGGGACGCCGAGGGUGGGGAGGGGGGUGGCGACGCCGCUGGUGAAGCGGAAGUAG